AUGGAGUCGGACAGUUCUUCGGGGUCAGAAGACCACAUUUCCGCUCCAGACCACGGUUAUGACCUGGAGCCAUCAUCGCUCUCUGAGGGCCAUGCAGACGUUCUUGACGGCCCGAUCUUACCAGGCAGCCAGCGUCGAAUGUCCGAACUGGCCGCGGACGGGCUUCAUGAUGACGAUAUCAUCGGGGUCAGUAUCAGUCGCGCUCAGACUCAUAUGCGAGCCCCUGAAACGCCGGUCGCGGAGAAGGCGAGAGCGCUGAACCUGCCUCCCGAGUCUUUCAAUCAGAUCUUGACUCUGAACGAAGAACAAACUGAAAGUGACGACCUAGAUGAGUCCGACUCCGAAUCAAUACACAAUGACCCGAAGCCUGCAGCGCCCGUCGUAAAUGGUAAGACCUCGCUAUCUACAGAUGGUAUGACCGAGGACGAUGAACCAUCCGGUGCAGUAUUCGGAUCUCACAGUCGAGUGAGAAAUGAUACCCAGAUUGAAAGCCCAAGACUGUCCUCGAAGCGCGCCGGUCCACAGCGAAGCGAACGAGCGGGAGAUUCAGAUCCGGAAUCUUCGCAACCGAGGAGGGUCGAAUCCCCAUUGCCGCACCACUCUGAGAACGGCGGCACAACUGUAUCCCAAAAUGAAGCACGUAAUCCACCACCAAGACUAUCACUGGCCAAGGCAUUCUUGAACGCGGCUGAACAGAGAGGAAGAGGCCGUUCGUUCUCGUCUUCGACGACGAUGUUUUCGAACCUACGCAAAUACUUGCCUGACUUGCCCUCGCCCUCUUUGCCCUCUUUGCCCUCUUUCAACAGAAGCUCGAUCUCCCUGAUUCCCUUCGGCAAUAAGAACACAGACAACUCCGACCAUGAACAUCGUGUUCAGUCACCACCACCACACUCACCAGUGCAAAGAAGCGCAACUUUCCGUUGGACUGUUCGAGAACCCGUGGAAAAGCAAGAUGCGGUCGAGCCUCGGCCUGCGAGCUCUUCGUCACGGCCAACUUCUGAUGACAUCUACAGCCCUUCGAGACCGGUGCAUCAGGCUGACGUCAAGGACGAACCUCUCCUGUCACCGAUCAGUCCAGCAUCGACCAGAAGUCGUGCACGCUCCAACUCGGAAAGCUCCCUUUACUUGAUGAAAAGAGUGUCGGGCAUGUCGACUUGGGACGACAUCAAUGCUUAUGCAGAUGUCCGUGAAAUGUCCAACUCGCGGUUAAAAGCCAUCACGGACAGUUUCCAGAACUCAUCUCUAAGACUACCUAAACUGCCGAACAUCCGUCCGAUCCCAAAGCGGCGCAAUUCGCCGGCCAGACCGGCUCUGGAAACCAUCCCGGCGGACAAUAAUGAACACGUGCACGAUGGCGAGGUGGUCUCCAAAAUCGGGAGCGUGAAGAAGGAUGUCUACACGGAGUCUGCAGAUCAAAGGGCACAUCCAGUGUUGGCUCGCGCCCUUUCGAAGACUACUGGCGACGUCGUCGUUCUCGGUGGGUAUCGAGGCUCCAUUCUGCGAUCUGCCCAACCUCCGCACCGACAACUCUGGGUACCAAUCAAGGUCGGGCUCAAUCUUCGAAAGGUCGAUCUGGAGGUUGGGCUGACGCGGGAGGACGAGGAGAGGAUGGAGGAAACGGUCAUCCCGUCUGGGAUCCUCUCACACGUAGGGCCCAUUGAUAUCUGCCGGAGACUGCUCCGUCACCUGCGAAAGUGUCCGAAUGCGCGCGACAAUAAGCUUCGAAGUCAUGACUGGGGAUACGACUGGCGAUUGAGCCCGGAUCUCUUGAGUGCGCGACUCAUCAAAUUCCUCGAGUCGCUGGAAUGCAACCAGCCCGGCACGCCUCCCGAACAGCGAGGAGCGACCGUCGUGGCUCACAGUCUCGGAGGGCUCAUCACCAGACACGCCGUCAACCAGAGACCGGAGCUGUUUGCCGGGGUGGUGUACGCAGGAGUGCCGCAAAACUGUGUGAACAUUCUCGGGCCGAUGCGGAACGGAGACGACGUGCUCUUGAGUUCCAAAGUGCUGACUGCGCAGGUCAAUUUCUCCUUCCGGACGAGCUACGCCUUACUGCCGGACGACGGGCGUUGCUUUCUACAAAAACAGACCAACAAACGCUACGACCUCGACUUCUUCGACCCGCACGUCUGGGACGAAUAUCGGCUAUCUCCCUGUGUCAAUCUCCCGUUACACCACCAUCACCACCGAAACAAUGAACGCCGGAAGAGUCUGAUGGACGCCAUCUCCGACUCGAUCUCGAUCUCGUCGUCCACCAAGAAAGCCUCGGGCCAACAACUCCUGGAGGCCGCGAACCCGCACCUGGCCGACAAGGCCAUGGACGCGGCUCGUGCGACGGAGGAUCCUGGACAAGGCAUGGUCGGGCCUAGUACCAUGAAGCAGUCUCAAUACCCGCCGCACCGGCCUUCGGUCGCCACGGCGUGCACGAUCCCCAAGGAUGUCGCCAUGGAAUAUCUCGGCCGCACGCUGCGCGAGGUCCGGGCGUUCAAGGACCAACUGAAGUUCAACCCGGUCCACCAGGAGAACAAUGUAUACCCGCCCCAUGGAUUCAUCUUUGGCAAAACAGUGCCCACCGUCUACGGGGCCAGAGUGGCGAACAAGGAAGCCAUCAAAUACGACGACGCUUACGACGAUCUCGCCUUUGCUGCCGGCGAUGGGGUGGUGCUCGCCAGUGCGGCCCAGCUGCCGGACGGAUACCGCUGCGUCAAGGGCGGCCGGGUCGAGAGUGAUCGAGGCCAUGUGGGAAUCCUGGGAGAUCUCGAAGGAGUCGGACGUUGUCUGGAGGCGGUGGUGGACGCCCGUGCGAAAGGAGUCGGGCUGGGAAAGGAUGCGCUCCACCAAAGAGGCGGACGCGGCGAGUGA